AUGAGCCGUGCUGGAGACUACUCGGUCGCGAAACCGUCGCGUAUAAAGCUCAAACCUACCCCUGACGAGAUCGCUACCACCCUUUACCGGGCCGAGCAAGCACGUCAGGCACGCUUCGCUGAGCGGAUCUCAUCAGCGAACAGUGCCGGGCCCUCGUCCUCCCCUCCCCAACCUCCCCACUCCACGUCUGGACGGCGUCCUGGCAUCCCUGAGCCCAAUCUCGGCCGCAGAUGGAAGACCGACAGCUCUUCUGCGCACUUUGACGCGCUGGCGGAUGACGUUCGCAUCCCCGCUCGGUUCUACGAUAGCGCCAAGCACCGGGGACGGUAUACAACUGCCUAUACUACCGCCAUUGACUCGGCGGAGGACUUCCUCUUCGGUCCCUCCUCUGUCCCGGAACGGGCGCGGACGCAGAGAGCGGAGGAUGUGGUGCAGCUGUAUGGAGGGCCUGUGCCCGCCAUGGGCAACCGGACCGUCAACGAGUAUCUGGGAUGGAUCCGGCACGGAAUGGAUCAGCUUCGGAAGCGGGAAGAAGACCGGGUGAGGCAGGACCGGGCGCGGCAGAAGGAAUGGGAGGAGCAGGAGGCGGAGCGAAUGAGGGAGAAGCAGCGCGCCAAGGAUGAAAAGGCGCAACGGGCGCACGAGUCGAAAGAGCGCAAAAGGCGGGCGGCGGAGGCGGAAGAGUAUGAGCGCGCGAGCAAGCGGCGCAGGGAAGAACCGGGGGUCAACGUCAAGGUGGAGGGAGGUGAUAACAAGGGAGAGAGAGAGCGGUACCUCUCGCGCUGGAAAGCGUUCAAUGGGGCCGGAGAGGGCGGAGCGGAUAUUGUCGAGGUGGAACUGGCAUUCGCGGAUAUCCCGUGGCCUGUCUAUGGCUCUCGACGGGUCGGCUCGGCGGAGUCGCUAUCAGAGGAGAGGAUAGAAGCGUUUCUCCUCGAUCUGGCGACGGAGUCAUGCCCGACGGCGGAGAGCAUGCGGUCUGCCAAGAGGAAGGUGCAGAUGGAGGCGAUCAGACAACUGCAUCCGGACAGAUUCCAUGGGCGUGUACUGCCCAGAGUGAAGGAGAGCGACAAGGCGAAGGUGAAGGAGGGCGUGGAACAUUGCAUUAGAAUAGUCAACGGACUUUUGACCGGCAGAUAG